CUCUUAUUCACAGGAGUACUCAGAAUAUAAGAGAAAGCAUUUCAACCACACACAAGUACAUAGGGCUCUAUGCGUUACUGCAACUUGUAAGCUCUUCAUAAAGAACAGAGACUUGGAAACAGAAGAGGACCUAAAGUUGAUCCUUGAGGAAUGCGUUAAUGCUUCCAUAUGGCGUGAAUACAAGCUGAACGCUAGACUGUCAAAUAUAUCAUCGUGCAAGAAACAUGGAGCAAAAAGAUAUUUUAGCAUCGGAGAUUAUGUCAUGGCAGCAGUUUAUAUAGCUUUAAUAAUACUCAAUGCACUGGGGACUUUGCACGACGAGCUUAAAGGGAAAACUCCAGGAAACUCCUAUUUGCUGGCGUUCUCGUUAAGAAGGAACUGGCGCAGGCUGACAACACCAAGCAGCGCAGGCUCCGACCACAGAUUGCGGAGGCUUAAAGCCAUCAAUGCAAUGAGGUCCUUGACGAUAUUCGGCGUGUUUUCAACCCAUACUGCGCUAACAAUUGGCUUCUCAUACCUUAAGAACCCUCUUUACUUCGAAACGGCGUACGACGACAUUAAAAAGAACCUCCUAAUCCAAGGUCCCGUGGUGACGUACACGUUCUUCAUGAUGUCCGGCUUCCUGGUGGCCUUCAACAUGGAGCUGCAGGCGGAGAGGCGGAAGGUUACGCUGUGGGACUGGCCUAAGGGCAUGUUGUUGCGGUAUCUGAGAUUAACCCCGUGCCUAGCCCUCGUGAUGUUCACGAUCAUGACCCUGAACCGUCACUUCAGCGACGGGCCGCAGUGGGACAUCGUGGUCACGGGCGAAGCGGAGGCUUGCCAACAGUACUGGUGGGCGCAUCUACUGUACAUCAAUAAUUAUAUCUAUGAUGACUCACACUGUUUACCACAGGGCUGGUGAG